AUGGAUGCGAUUAAGAAGCAAACUCAGAACCGCGUUGCUGGUGGCUACCAGAUCCACCACGGUCAAUCAGCCCAGUCUCUGUCUCAGAAUGUAGGGUCUGAAGACAUAACAUCACUUCCCUUUGAGGCAACAGAAGAGGACGAACCAGUUAUAUCCAACUCAAAAUCUUUUAACUCGGGCCCAACUCAGAAUUUAACUGUUGAUGACAUUGAUGAUCUUCGUGAAUCUGCCUAUGAAAUCCUUUUGGCUGCUACAGGAGCUUCAUGGUAUCUUUUCUUUCUUAUAUGGGACUCAUAUUUCCAUCAAAGGAGAAGAAAAAAGAAAAAGAAAUCCAGAUUGUUGAAGAAUCUUGGAAGGAGUAAGAGUAAACAAGUUACAAAUCAAUCCCAACAAUCGACUGGUUUGACUGGCCUACUGGAGACAAUGCGUGUCCAGAUGGAGGCCCAUCAGUAUGUUUUCCAGCAGCUAGCAGUUGAUUUAAUAGGAAUUACAUCAAUAAAGGAGGUGUUGGUGAGACUUGUUGGAGGUGAUGAUCAUAUGUAUCCUAAUUAUGCAGAAGUUAUGCAAUGGUUGGCAGACAGCAAUCUGUUAAAAAUGAUCGUGGAUAAACUGAAUCCAUCUGCUCCUCCCGAAGUACAUGCUAAUGUAGCCGAAACUUUAUGUGCUAUAACCCGAACUGCUUCAUCUCCACUUGCCUCUAAGCUUUCAAGCUCAAGUUACGUUACAAGGAUAUUUGGUCACGCAUUGGAAGACUCACAUUCAAAAUCAGGACUUGUACACUCAUUAUCUGUGUGCAUAUCCUUAUUAGAUCCUAAAAAAUCAGCCCCUUCAUCUUUAUUCAAUUCUUUUCGAAGUCAACACAUGUAUGAAUCACCCGUACAAGUCCACCAGGAGACUGUAGGUGCAAUGCUGCCAAAACUUGGUGAGUUUCAUCGAUCUCUUGUGCAUGUGAUGGGUAUUUACUAUUUUUUUUUAAUCAUGUUGCAUAUCAUGUUGGAUAUUUCAUGGAGGUAUAAUGUAUAUAAUCCUGUAACCAAAUGCAGUAGGAUAUCUUUCAUAAAAGACCUUAUUGAACAGAUACCACUCAAAUUUAGAAAAUGUGGUUAUAAGAGGUAAAGUGUUAAAAAUAUUAAAGUUAUACAUAUGGAAGUGAGAAUGUUGCAAAAUAGACAUCUUGUCAAUGAACUUGGUAAGAUAGAUUAUGUGCUUGUAUAAGACAUGGUUUAUCAUAUUCAGACUUCUGGCUUCAUAUGAUUGAACC